AUGACAUUGCUGAAGCUGCUCCUGUUGGUCCUGCUAACGAGGAGGAUAGACUCUGUGUGCAGACUACAAGGGCGGGCAGAGACACCUGAACUGGCGCAGGAUGGUGACCUUGUUAUUGGAGGCAUUUUCUCAUUCCGCACAGGGCAAGAUCAUGUAGUUAACACAUUCCAGAAAAUCCCACAUAUACGGAAAUGUAAAAACUUUAAUUUUAGAGAAUUCAAAUUUGCUCAAACCAUGAUCUUUGCCAUAAAUGAGAUCAACAGGAAUCCUGAGAUGCUCUCUGGUGUUAAGCUUGGCUAUAAGAUCUAUGAUAACUGUGGAACUAUGGACAUACUGAGAGCUGCACUGGCUUUAGUUAGUGGACAAAAGAGAGAAAUUAGUGAACACAACUGCACUGAAAGUGAUACAGCUCAAGCUAUCAUUGGACAUUCAGGAUCAAGACCAACUAUUGCAUUUGCACAGGUUGUUGGGAGGUUUCACAUACCUGUGAUCAGCCACUUUGCCACCUGUGCCUGUCUGAGCAACAGAAAAGAGUAUCCCACUUUCUUCAGGACCAUCCCCAGUGACUACUACCAGAGCAGAGCCCUGGCAAAGCUGGUAAAGCACUUUGGCUGGACCUGGAUUGGGGCUAUAGCUGUUGAAAAUGAAUAUGGCCUUAACGGCAUGGCUGCAUUUAUACAAGCUGCCCAAGAAGACGGGGUGUGCAUUGAGUAUUCAGAAGCAUUUUCACAAUCAGGGCCAGCUCAAAAACUGCAGAGAAUAGUAGAGAUCAUAAAGCGGUCCACCUCCAAGGUCAUUAUGGCUUUCAUGUCCCACAGAGAAAUCAAGGUGCUGGCAGCAGAGUUGUACAGACAGAACAUUACAGGACUGCAGUGGGUUGGCAGUGAUGCCUGGAUCACAGACCACUCUCUCUCUGACAGUGAGGGACACAGCAUCCUGAUGGGCUCCUUAGGCUUCACUGUCAGCAGAGCUCAGAUCCCUGGCUUGGACGAGCACCUACGACAGAUUCAGCCCUCACAGUUCCCUGACAGCCAGUUUGUCAAAGAUUUCUGGGAGGAUGUGUUUGACUGCUCUCUCAAUGGAAGUGCUAAAAUACAAAGAAAGCCCUGUAGUGGCUCUGAGAGCUUACAAGAUGUUGAGUCCCAGUUCACUGAUGUUUCUGAACUGAGAUUUACCAACAAUGUGUACAAGUCAGUUUAUGCAGUGGCCCAUGCUCUUCAUAAUCUCUUUGAAUGUGAGGAUGGCCAGGGUCCUUUCUCUAAUGGGAGCUGUGCUGAUACCAAAGAAAUUCAGCCGUGGCAGGUCCUGCAGUACCUGAACGCUGUGAAUUUCACCACUAAGGAAGGGGAGAGAGUAUAUUUUGACAGUAAUGGGGAUUCACCGGCAAGAUAUGAACUUGUGAAUUUGCAGAGAAGUAACACGGGAACCAUGGAAGGAGUUACAGUUGGCACCUACGAUGCAUCUUUGGCAGGGGGUCAUCAGUUUAAUAUGAAUACCAUCUCAGUUGUCUGGGGUGGUGGGCUGACUAAGGUGCCUGUAUCAGUGUGCAGUGAGAGCUGUCCCCCAGGAACUCAUAAGGCCCUCCAGAAAGGAAGGCCUGUCUGCUGCUAUGACUGCAUACCUUGUCCAUCGGGAGAGAUCAGCAAUUUCACAGAUUCAAUCAACUGUAUGAAAUGCCCUCCAGAAUAUUGGCCCAACAAGCACAGUGACGUCUGCCUUCCUAAAGCGAUAGAAUUCUUGGCGUAUGAUGAAAUCAUGGGAACUCUGUUAGCCUUGUUUGCCCUGCUGGGAAUAUUUCUGACUAUGAUCACAGCCCUGGUGUUCUACUGCCACAGAGAAACCCCACUAGUACGGGCCAACAACUCAGAGCUGAGCUUCCUGCUGCUCUUUUCCUUGACUCUGUGUUUCCUGUGCUCUCUGACCUUCAUUGGCCGGCCCUCUGACUGGUCCUGUAUGCUGCGCCACACAGCAUUUGGCAUCACCUUUGUUCUCUGCAUCUCAUGUGUUCUGGGGAAAACUAUAGUGGUGUUGAUGGCCUUCAGAGCUACACUUCCAGGCAGUAAUGUUAUGAAAUGGUUUGGGCCUCAUCAGCAGAGACUCAGUGUGCUGGCCUUCACUCUCAUACAGGUUCUCAUAUGUAUUCUUUGGCUAACAAUCAGCCCCCCUUUUCCUUUCAAGAAUUUUCAUCACUUUAAAGAAAAAAUCAUCUUAGAAUGUGCCCUGGGCUCGGCUGUAGGUUUCUGGGCUGUGCUCGGGUACAUAGGACUCUUGGCUAUGUUAUGCUUUGUCCUCGCUUUUCUGGCUCGAAAACUGCCUGAUAAUUUCAAUGAAGCCAAAUUCAUCACCUUCAGCAUGCUGAUUUUCUGUGCUGUCUGGAUCACCUUUGUCCCAGCUUACAUCAGCUCCCCUGGGAAGUUCACUGUUGCUGUAGAGAUAUUUGCCAUUCAGGCUUCCAGCUAUGGAUUACUGUUUUGUAUAUUUUUUCCCAACUGUUUCAUUAUAUUAUUUAGACCAGAGCAAAACACGAAAAAACAUAUCAUGGGGAAGACAUCUAACAGCAAUAUACAUUACUGA